UGAACAUAAUUUAGGGGUGGUAAAUUUUGGGGAAAUGUCCAAAAUAGACCAUCUGUUGGCUCUUAUCUCACCAGCUUCAGCAUCCUGAGACACCAGGGGAAACAACCCGAAAACCGUGCCAUGCAUUCACAUUGCACGCAGGCCCUAUGGAUAAGACCGAGAUAUGUUUUGUGAUCUUCAAAAAUCUCCAGAAAUAUUAGUUAUCAAGAUGAUCCCAUGAUCCUCCACUCUCUGAGGCUCACACCUUCCUUGAGACAGGCUUUGAAGGCAUAGGAGCUUUGAUUGCUUCUAAGCAACAAUAACUUGAAAAGGAUGUCAGCGGCAACGCCUUGGUGACCUUUCAAGACUCCGAGUGGCAGGCUUAGCAUGUUAUUAUCAAGAUUAAGCUAACCCAGCUGGUGUGCCUCAGUUCAGCAAUGGCCUAUGCUCCACACAGGGCUUUGUGCUGAUGACAAUUUUGAUUUUCAUGCUUGCAUUUGCAGCUUCACCCUCCUGAGGAGAGACUCGGCUAUGCAGAUAAGCCUCAAGUCAGUUCUGCACAGCUGGGCUUGAAGUGGUCGCUUGUGAUGGUGGAGUAAGUGAAAGCCCUGAAGAUCUCAGGCAAACCUCCACUGAAUCACAGACCACAACAACACCGUCAAUGACUACAUCAAAGCCCACUGACACCCCAAGGAGGCGGCUAGAAGAUGAAACUUUGUUGUGCUCUGAGACUAUGAAGCUGAACUUUGGAGAGCACUGGGAAACAGUUUGCCUGGGUUUGCAAAGAAUGUGGAGUGAGCUGGCACCUAAGAUCUGCCAAGGGAAGAACUGUGAAGAUGCAGUAGAAAUCAAUGACUUGUGGAGGAAGCAGCAGCCUUUGCCUACUUCCCAGUGGAAGAAGGUGGAGUGCGAGAAAAUGACCCUUCGAUCAAAGUGUCUGAAUGGGACCAAGGAAUGCUUGAGCAUAACCUUACUUAAAUGCUCAGACCAAGAUUUCAAGCCCACUGUGACCAGUAAGAAGUCCACUCUGGCCCGUAAGGAGACCACCGCAUCCAGCAAGGAGACCAUUUUGGGAGUCUUGCUAGGACUUGUCCUCACUGCUGUCCUCCUGGUCAUCUGUGUGCCCAUUUCUUAUAAAAAACUGAAGAAAUUUUCCAAGAAGAGGCAGCACCAAUGGGUUGGCCCAAGUGGAGUGAACCAAAAUGCUUCAUUCCAUCGUAUCAGCGUUGUUGCCUUGCAACCUCAUCCUGAAGACCAAGGAAUUCAGCAAGAAGACAAUUAUCAUGCCCUCAAGAAAAAUUCUUACCUCUCACCUUAUGCAGCUCUGGAAGGGGCAACCAACAGAUCUUCUAGCCCACUCGACAACUCCUCUGACAGCGAUUAUGACUUAAGUUCUGCACGGCAGCUAUGAAAUCUGAUGAUGCCUCUGUUCCUUAUAUUCUCACACCUAAGUUGAAUACUGAGGCUUUUAAAUAUCUUUAGACUGAACAGUAAAACCCAAGAUCUGGACAUAUCUACAGUAUGCAUUUAAAUCAGUUUAUUUGACGGAAGUAAUUGAAGUUCAAGAUCUUUGAAACCGGUUUUGUAGUGUAGAUAGGCCCUUAGACUCAAGAUAUGUGGAAGGCAAAAGCUAUCUCAUUAUUGUGGAUCAUCCAUAAUGGAUAAUUGUAUUAGCUGCACUGAGGCGUCUUAAAAUCUUGAAAGUACAAAUUUCAUGGAGUUUAUAUUCACCCCACAGAUACAAGCAGAGUUCAAUAAAAGAAAACUUCGGUAGAAGGGAAGGGACUAAAAUAAGCAUCUGUUUUUUCACUGGUCUCUAUGAAAUACCAUCCUCCUUACAACUAUAAAUACGUUCUCUGCCUUGACAGGGAUGUGUUGGCAAAUUCAGUGCAUGUCCUUUUCUACAGUCCGAAAAGAAUUAGGAUACCUAACCCCAAUCACCCAGAGCUCUAUUAUCUAGGAUUAAAUGAGCAAUCCACCAGCAAUGGAAUCCUGUGGUUGAGGCCUUAAAAUAUGUUUUUUGAAGUUUGUACUUCAGCUCUAAUAGUACGGGAUGCCCAGAUUUCCCAAUGGCCAAAAACAAACAAACAAAAACCCAAUGAGAGCUUGACAUUGAGGGACUAGAUGUCCUUAGUUGACACUCAGAAUAUUUCCAGUAAAAUAAUAUUAAGACCCCUGGUAUGCGAAGAUUUGCAGAAUGGCAGCUAAAGUUUCAGGAAGAUUCAGCACAAGGUCAGUAGCUACACACAUACAUAGGGUGCGGUCUUACAGAGGUAGUGCAGUUGGCUGAGUGAACUGAAUAUUGUAGGAUCAAACUACACAUUUUGCUAAACAUGACCUUUCGAGUGACAGGUGUAACUUUCUUUAGUAACAGCAGCCACCAGGUGAGGGCCAGUCUGAACCCAUCGGUGCCAGUAGCAACUUUCCUCCCAACAGGGGCAUUAACAGCUUUGGGCCAUCUAGGCAUAUGCCACAGAUUGAUUCUUUAAUGCCCUGGUCCUCUACAUUGUCUGACAUUGAUGGAUGCAUUGGUGAUUAAUGGCUUCAAAACUGGAAGAAAGUUUUGCGUUCCUUAAGAGAAGGUCAAAAAUGGGGGUGGGGUCCUGUGGGUCUAGGCCCCAAAUCUUUUAAAAAAGCAAUGCCCCUUUCUCCCCAGGUAAACCGCAGCCACAGGGUGGGAGGGCAAACUGGACUGGGACUUCAGCAGGGACAGAAUUAAAGCCCCAUCAUUUAUCCAGAUCUCCCCCGCCACCCGAUACAUGUCCUAUUACAAAAGAAAAGUUAAGCAUGUCAUUGCCAAUGAUGGAUUCAUUAUAGAUAAUUUAGCUCUUUGCUGGAGAGGAAAGGGUGGUACUUAAAAAGUGGGUAAAGCUGUCAUCAUUUGAACAGAUAUGAGAUCCUGUUUUAGCCAGUUUCCAAGUACUAUAUAACAGCUUCCACCUGUAUCAUUCGUAUGCCCUGUUGCCUAAACUGAAAUAUUAUGCUUAUGAAUUAUAGAUAUGUUGUAACAUUGUAGUGAGUUUUAAGAAAUGAUUUGCUCUAUUAUUUUGCCUUUGAUUGCAGCUGUAAUUUAAUUUGUAAGUUGUGUCUAUUGUUUAUAAUUGGGGGAAAAUAAAAUAAAUGAGGGGGGAACCACCUUUAA